CAAAACCGAAUGGAGACUGAGCGUUUCCGGCACGAGGAGGAGGAGGCUACACAGCAGACAAAGAAAAUGAACGAGGAUUUCAAUAUACAAGACGCAGAGAGAUUACAUCAGAAAAAUGAAGAAUAUGGUGCAGAAGGACCCUCAACGAUUGUUGAAACAGAUGAUGAUAUUGAAAUAGGGAUAGAGGAAACAAAUCUGUUUUGUCAAGAGCAGGCAAAUACGGUAGAUACGGAGGGACAAACGGAUGAAACUGUUACAGGCUCAGAUGAGGUGAGACAUUAUCUGCUAUCCCAAACAGUUGACAGUAUAAGGGUAUUAGGGGGCAGUAUUUGAUCUUUGAUGCUGUAUUUUACUCGCGUAGCUAUAUGCAUGCAUGUAUGAUUCUGUUUACCUUUUUCCAUGACAGCCGUAUAAAUUCCAAAUCUUGAGUUAUUGUUUACAUUACAUUUUCAUCAUGGAUUUCUAUUAUCUAAAUUUAGUUUUAAUCACGGGGCUAGA